AUGGCAGAAAAAGAACCAGCAGGUGUAUCCCCUAGCCCCGGCAACGGAGGGCCCAAGGAGCGAUGUAGAAUCAAGCUAUUUGCAAUCCAAGGAGCUUCAAAAGAAGAAAAGAUUGAAAUGCUUCGCCUAUAUUGCUUUGUUUGCUGUGUUUCAGACCGUGAUUAUCCUCCACAAGUGACGGUAAAGAAUACUAAUUUUGGUCACUACAAAUUUGAGAGCAGCAUGGGCACGAUCACAUCCGGGGGGGUGACUAUAGGGCAGUUUGUGAUCCCGGAGGGAAGGGCCAAGGCACGAUCGACGAAAAAAGUUUAUAUCAAUGCAGAAUUGCUUCCUUCAAACACUGGCAAUGGGGUUUUGGAGCUGAUAAGCCAAGCUAGAUUGAGUGGAAAAGUAGAGUUGAUGAAGGUGAUCAAGAAGAAGAAAUCUGCAGAUAUGAAACUGUGUCAUGUCGCUUACUUCUUCAAGAACUGCAGUUGA